AUGCGGUCGCCAGCGUCCCCCCGCCGGGCAACUGCUCUCCACAAACUCUGUGACAGCUGUCACGCCUGUGGCCAGUCCAAGGUCCGUUGCUCCAAGGAGAAACCGACCUGCUCCCGCUGUCGCCGCCGCGGGACUGUCUGUGAGUACUUCGCAAUCAAACGACCGGGCCGCAAACCGGAGAGUCGCCCUGAUGGGGGCGACAGCGGUGGAAGGCAGACGCAGCAGCAACAGCAACAGCAACAGCUGCAGCUGCCGCCGCUGCCUGCCCUCGACGCGUCGCGCAGCCUCCCGUCUCCCGAUCAGUCCUCGACCCCCACUCCCGUCACCACAACCCCCAUUAUCCAUGGCUACCCUCCGCCGGAUACAGCGGUCAUCGGGCCCAGCCUCUCCCCCCGGGGCCUGUCGUCCGACCUAUUCGACGGAACACCCACCCUGCAUCCGGUCAGCUGGACGUCGUCCACGGACGACUGGACCUUAUCCACCGCACUGACCACCUGGUGCCCCGACGACUUGGACGAUUUCUUCUCCAUCCCGGUGCUCACCGAUCCGCCCGACGCUUUUUCCGGCGGCGGCGGUGACGGCUUAGGCGCGAUGGCCCCGGACCUCAUCUUGGACGGGGGACCAGCUAUGGAGCAGACCUCCGUCGCCGGGAUGCAGGAGGAUACGAUCUACCUCUUUGGCCCGGCCGCCGCCGAUCUCUCCGCCGGGGCUGCCUCCCUUCCUGGCGCUCCGAUCCCAAGGGCAGGUGGGGAGACGCCCGCGGAUGAGCAUCCCCGUCGCCCGGCCAUCUGCCAGUGCCUGCUCGACGCCCUCGAGCUUCUGAAGCGCUUCGUGGCCGAGGAAGCAGCCGCUGCGCACGCCGGGAUAGAGCUCGACGCCACGGUGACGGGGAACAGCCACGCGACCACCGUGAUGACCGAGAUCCUGCACUGCCCAUGCUCGCAGCGCGACGGCUACCUUCUCAUCCUGCUGGCUCUCAUUGUUUGGAAGGUCCUGGACCGGUAUGCCGCAGUAGCACUGCCCCAGAGCAGCGGGAGCAGCGGGAGCAGCAGCAGCAGUAGUAGCAACAGCAGUAGCCACAGCGAAGAGACUCCGCCGCCGCUGCUCGCCGGCCAGCGGGUCCUGGGAGAGCUGCAUGGGAUCCAGCGCGUAAUGAACCAGCUCCGCCCGCGGCUCUCGACGUACCAGGGUGGUGGCCAGGCGGGCUCCGGUCUGUGGCCGCAUCUUCUGCCGACGGGGACGGAUGCCUCACCAUCAUCACCACCACCCCCCGUGGCGGGCUCGCUGGAGCCGGAGCUGCACCGGCGCCUCAGUCAUCUCUCCUCAGAGAUCAUCCGAUUCUUACGUCAGGCCGACUAACAACCAAUCCACUUCUACGAACUGAAGAAAUGAGUAUAUGUAAAUAGAG